GAGAAUGUCUCCGGAACCUAGGACGUGCUCCCUGUUCCUGGCCCUUUUUCUGAGCCAUGCAGUGUCAGGUCAGAAAGCUUCGAAUUCCAGGCAAGAUUUGGAUCCAUUGUUGCAAAAGAUGGCCGAAGAAAUAAUAGAGGGAAGCUAUCUGAAUGCAUUUCUGGAUCUCAUACAGUUUCAAAGGGCCCAUGGGUGGACAGCUGACCUGUCCUACCAAGUCCUGGACUACCUGGGUUCCCGGAAUGUUGCCUUCACCCUUCCCAGCCUGCAGGCAGCCAUGGAGAAUCAUCUGCAGCAGCGACUGUACCAGCCCCAGCAGCUACUGGUGGACCUCAGGAAAACCGACGCUCAGCAGUUCCGCACUGCCCUGAAGUGCCUCUUAGAAGACAAGCAGGACCACUUGGACCUGAAGGACAUCGUCAUCGACUUGAGGGAGAUGCGGGAACAAGCCUUGCAGAGUCCUGGCGUGAACCGCAGCCUCUUUCUCGUCACGCUGGAGAGGUGCUUCCAGGUGCUGAGUGCCCUGGAGUGUGUGGAGAUCCUGGGCAGGGUCCUGAGGGGGUCCUCAGCCCGCUUUCUCCAGCCGGAAGUCGCCGAGUGGCUGCCCCAGCACCUGCACGUGGAUGCCUUUAAGAACCUAUCUGCGGUCUUCAAAGGCCUCUACGACCGAACCUCGGCGCGUGCCCAGAGAGCGCUGUACGCCUGGAUGACGGCGGCCCUGCGCACGUCCUCCAAUGUCACUGAUGAUUCUAUUUCAUGGGUCAGUGCAGAAAACUUAUGGAUUUUGGGAAGAUAUAUGGUUCAUCUAUCACUUGAAGAAAUUAUGAAAAUUAGUUCUGUAGAAAUUGGGCUGUUUAUCAGCUAUGACAACGCCACCAAGCAGCUGGAUACAGUCUAUGACAUCACUCCUGAACUGGCCCGCGCAUUUCUGGAGAGGAUUCGCGCCUCCAGCUUCGACAUGAAGAACACCUCGACCAUCCACAGGCUGGGGCUGCUGGUCUGUUUCUACGAUGAUCUGGAGCUGCUGGACACCACAAUGGCCCAAGUCCUCCUCCACCAGAUGCUCAAGUGCGGCCGCCUGCGGGGCUUCCAGGCCAGAGUUCAGAAGCUCAAAGCUGGCCUCCUGGACAUUGCCACAGAGAACCAGACCCUCAGUGAGGCCCUGGGCUCUUUGUCGGGGGCGGCUGUGGGUCUGACCUCACGUCAGCUGGAGUCUCUGUCCCCUGAGGCUGUGCAGACCGCCAUCCCCACCCUCAGCCAGGUCUCGGGCUGGGCCAAAAGCCAGGCCAUCAUCUUGUCUGCCAAGUACUUGGCCCAUGAAAAGGCGCUGUCCUUCUACAACGUCAGCCAGAUGGGCGCGCUGCUGGCGGGGGUGGGCACCCAGGCCCUCUACAGCAUGGACCGCAGGGACCUCGUGCAGGUGCUGAGGGGCACGGUCUCCCAGCACACGUCGCAGCUCUCACCUGCCCAGCAGCACGGUGUCCUCAGCAAGCUGAGUGAAGCAGGCGAUGCCAGCCCAGCCCUCGGGGAGCUGCAAGGGCCUCUCUUUAAGGAAGUGUCUCUCUUUGAUUUACGGAGAGAACUCGGAUUCAACUCUACGAUCCUCAAGGAGAAGGAGCUGCGCCGGAGCCAGGCCUUGUUUCUGUAUGAGCUUCUGUCAAAGGUGACCGGAAGGCCUGAGGAACUCCUGAGUGCCGGGCAGCUGGUCAAAGGCGUGACGUGCACCCACAUUGACGCCAUGGAUGCCGACUCCUUCCUGGCCCAUUUCCGGUAUUUCGAGAACAGUCUCUCUCUGCUUUCACCGGAUCAGGUUAACUGCUUGGCGUGGAAAUACUGGGACGUCUCCAGGUCGUCUAUGCCGCCGUUCCUCUUAGCCACACUUCCGGCGCGCUUCCUGGCCUCCGUCCCAGCCUCCCAGUGUGCGCCCUUUCUGAUCAGCCUGGGGAAGAACCAGCUGGACUCCUUGGUUUUAGAUUCUCACAAAAAGAAUUUGGUCCUCAGGAAAGUGCAGCAGUGCCUGGGCAAUUCCGUGGCUGACGAGUACACCGUGGACAUCCUGGGGCACCUACUCUGUCACUUACCAGCCGCCUUUAUUGAGAGAGGGAUCUCCACUAGGGCCUGGGCCACCGCUCUGCUCGGCCUCAGAGAUUGCCCAGACCUCAGCCCUGAGCAGAAGGCUGCAGUGAGGCUCAGGAUCCUGGAGCAGUGUGGACACCCACAGAACUGGACAGCAGAGACCGUGAAGGACUUGGGGCCUUUGCUCGUACUCUUCUCAGGAGACGAACUACGUUCUGUUGCCACAAAGUUCCCCGAUAUCCUCCAACGAACAGCUUCUGAGCUGUCUGGGAGCCAGAUCCCGCAAGCGUUCCUCUGGGCUGUCUUUGAAUCUGUUCAGAACAGCAGUGAUGAGAACCCUCGCUUCCACGCCACCCCUGCCCCUCAUUCUGGAGGUUGCCAUGGGGUCUCUGCUCCCUCCUCCUCCGACAUCCUCAAGUUGGCUGAAGCCAAUGCCUGCUGGACCCCUGAGGACCUGCUCUGCAUGGGAGAAGACACGUUCAGCAGGAACGUGGAGCUGCUGGGGACGGUCAAGAGUUUCAGCGGGCCUCAGCUGGUGGCCCUGAAGGAGAAGGCGAUUCAGGUCUGGGACACUCCUUCCUGCUGGAGAGAACACCAGGUUGUCUCCCUGGGGCGAAUUGCUCUGGCUCUUAAUGAGGCUGAGCUGGGACAGCUGGAUCUCCACUCCAUAGACACAGUGGCUUCCCUGAGCCAGCAGACAGAGUGGACCUCAGGACAGGCUAAAUCCAUCCUUCAAGGGUUCCUACAGGAUUCAGGCUAUCGUAUCCAAGAUCUGAAGAGCUUUCAUUUAGUAGGACUUGGUGCCACUCUGUGUGCUAUGAAUGUCACCGAAAUCCCACUUAUAAAGAUCUCGGAAUUCAGGACGGUGGUGGCCAGAAUUGGGAAAUUACUGUGCAGCAACCACGUCUUGGCUGAAUUUAAGAGGAAGGCAGAAGCUGUGUUUGGGAAGCCCUCUGAGUGGACCAGCUCUGUCUUGCAGGAGCUUGGGACCAUUGCAGCUGGAUUAACUAAGGCAGAGCUCCGAAUGCUCGACAAGGAACUGAUGCUGUAUUUCCAGCCAUCAGCAAUAAAAUGCCUUCCUGAUGAGAUAUUCAAAGAGCUGUCCGCGGAGCAGAUCGCCGGCUUGGGCCCCGAGAACGCCGCGGCGGUCACCCCGGCCCAGAGCCGGCGGCUCAGCGCGCCCCAGCUGCAGAGCCUCCAGCGCGCGCGAGACGGCGCCAAGCUCCGAGCGCCCGUCUCCAGGGGUCUUUGGGCUCGCUGCUCCCUGCUGCUUCUAACGGCCCAGACCUGGUGGUGAGUGGCCCGAAUGUUCCGCCUUUGAUGUCCCGGGCGGUUGGCCAAGCUGUGUAGAGACAGAGGAUGCUCCCGACUGUGGCAGACCCUUCCUCGGACUCAGAGCUCAACCAGGGCAAAGAGACCCUGGAAACUUGACAUUUAGAGGGCACCAAAAGGAAAAAUAAUGAUUCAAAAUGAUCUUGCAAGUUCUUAAGUCAGCCUGUCUCCCCAGCAGGGGGCCCUUUUCUGUCCUGUGUUAGUCUCCUUUGUUUUUGGCUUGGAGUUGCAAAAGCUGUGGGGAGGGAAAGGUGCUUUCUGUCAACAGCAGGAAGAUCUUGCAAGUCACCAGCCUCCCUUGCUCCCUCCAGAGAGCUGGAGGGGGGCGCAGAAAAGACAUCCUUUUAGCCAGUGCCGGAUCUGGUUUUCACUCUGGCUGGAUUUCACUUCCUUGGAGCUGUAGGCUGCAUUGGAUUUCUCCUUCUUCGAUACUUAGCAGAGCUAAAAUAAAUGAAUCCCUCAACAGAAGCCAAUAUUCUUGCCUGAUUGCUGGGACUAAUUGAUGUUUUGGUGGGCACUGCCUUGCUUAGAAAUUAAAACAUUUAACAUGGCUCAACACUAAAUCAAUUAUUAAAUACAUUUCCAGAUGCUUUUUAUUUCCUUGGGAAUCAGCUGGCUGAAUGACUGUGAAGUUAUCAGUUAAACUUUCAAAAGCAUCUCUUUUUUUUGGUGGAGGUGGUAGCUCUUCUGCUUUUAAAUUACUCUGGGCGCCAGGGAUGUAGCUCAGCGACAUAAGCGCCUGCCUAGCCAGAGGUCAUGAGUUUGAUUCCUGGC